UAAACUCCUUCACCCUCUGCCAUCCUCUCACCUCGAUACGAUCCUGUUACACCUGGAAAUGUUCAAAGACAAACGUCGUCAGCGGCCAGGGCCUUAAAAGGCAACUUUUCUUCUAUAGCUGAGAUGAUGCUGUGAUACCCAGUGGAUGAGGAUCAGAGAGUAGGAGCGCACACAGGAAGCAAGGUCUCCUGGGAAUGUGAACCCUGAGGAAUCUCAUCUGCUGUUCAUCAGCCUAUCAGUCACUUCUAAAUGCAUGUACAACACACACACACACACACACACACUGCCAAAUCACUGAAUGCAGUCUAAACACUGCACUUUAAAAUAGCAUUUUACAGCCCUGUGCAUCCAAACUAUUGGCAGACAACAGUAUUUGGAGAAGAUUCUGCCGACGUAAAUUGACUCAGGUUAUGCUGAUUAGACUUGAUCGAGUUGAGUCAUGACACUGAGCUGCCCUGCACAUCUGUAAAGUUCCUGUCAUGUAAAUAAAACCGUAGUGGGACCCAUAAAGACACAUUCUUUCUCAAGGACACAAAAAUAGGGGGAGGGAGAAGAUGAAGAAGAAGAAGAAGAAGAGAAAGAGAGGGAGAGUUGUGUCAUUCCUGAGACACUUGUUUAUUCCCUCAUAUGAAGCAGGAGCAGACCUUACACCGGUGACCACGUCCAGGAUGAUCCACAGACCCUCGGCGGUUUAUCAGAACAGUCGGCCAGGGGUUAGAGCUAACGGUCCCAGGGCCAGGAGCCGCGAUAACCUGUUGACGUAUGAUGAGUUUGGAGAGGAGAACUGCUGCUCUGGACGAUGCCUCAACCAGAGCAGCUCAGAGCGACAGCUCCUGGCUCGUAUCAGUGCGGUGAAGAGACGCCAGGCCCUCCGUGGACCUGCGUAUAUGUUCUCAGCUCCUUCCAUCAGCCUGACUGAGGUUGAGCAGCGAUUCCUGGAGGCGGCCGAGUAUGGCAACAUACCAGAGGUGCGGCGCAUGUUGCUACAUGUACCCAAUUUAAAUGUCAACGCUGUGGACUACAUGGGCCAGAAUGCCCUGCAGCUGGCCGUAGCCAAUGAGCAUCUGGAGGUGACAGAGCUGCUGCUGGUGAGGGAGGAUUUGGCCAGAGUGGGCGACGCCCUGCUGUUAGCCAUCAGUAAGGGUUACGUUCGUAUCACGGAGGCUUUGUUGGGUCACCCUGCAUUCAGAGACGCCCAUCGUCUCACAGCCAGCCCUGCUCAGGCUGACAUGCUGGAUGAUUUCUACGCUUAUGACGAGGAUGGGACCAGAUUCUCUCACGACGUGACUCCAGUGAUCCUGGCAGCUCACUGCCAAGAGUACGAAAUACUUCACACCCUGCUGAGUAAAGGAGCUCGGAUCGACCCUCCUCAUGACUAUUUCUGCAACUGUGACUCCUGUCACUACCAGCAGCAGUUUGACUCCUUCAGCCACUCUCGCUCCAGGAUCAAUGCCUACAGAGGCCUAGCGAGUCCUGCCUACCUCUCCCUUUUCAACGAAGACCCAGUGCUGGCCGCCCUGGAGCUCAGCAAUGAACUGGCCAUGCUGGCCAACAUCGAGAAAGAAUUUAAGAAUGACUACUGCCAUUUGUCGAGCCAGUGCAAGGACUACGUGGUGGGCCUUUUGGAUCUUUGUCGUAGCACAGAGGAGGUGGAGGCCAUACUGAGUGGAGACAUUUAUUCUGAGGACAGCUAUGAUUUGCCCAGUCGUCCCUGCCUCACCAGGCUCAAACUCGCCAUCAAAUACGAGCUAAAAAAGUUUGUAGCUCAUCCUAACUGUCAGCAGCAGCUGCUCAGUAUUUGGUACGAGAAUCUCCCUGAACUCAGACAACAAACCACUGCUAUCAAACUGCUGGUGGUGUUGGCUGUGGCUAUAGGACUUCCUGGUCUGUCAGUGGCUUACUGGAUCACUCCGUGCAGCAGAGUGGGGAAAGUGAUGCGAAGCCCCUUCAUGAAGUUCGUGGCCCAUGCCUCGUCCUUCACCAUCUUCCUGGGCCUACUGAUUCUGAAUGCCGCGGACCGUUUUGCAGGCACCACCCUGCUGGCAAACAUGACCCACCAUCAGCACCCAGAACUUCAACCCCAGUCUGACCCGCUGCUGCUUCAUCGUUCAACUACAACACCCUUCACAUGGAUGGAGAUCCUCAUCAUCUCGUGGGUCAUGGGUAUGAUUUGGGCUGAAGUGAAGGAGAUCUGGAGUCAAGGACCAGGCGAAUAUCUGGUCGAACCCUGGAACUUCUUGGACUUUGGGAUGCUGGCCAUCUUCCUGGCUUCAUUCUGCUGCCGUUUCUCCGCCCUGAGACACGCUGACUUAGCCCAGACCUAUGUACACACACACUACACAACACUGAUUAAUGUCACACUGCCGCCCGAGAUACACUACUUUACACUGGCACGUAUCCACUGGUUGCCCUCUGACCCUCAGCUGGUAUCUGAGGGCCUGUAUGCAGUGGCGGUGGUGUUGAGCUUUUCUCGAAUCGCCUACAUCCUCCCAGCCAACGAGAGCUUUGGACCGCUGCAGAUCUCUUUAGGGAGAACUGUCAAGGACAUUUUCAAAUUCAUGGUCAUUUUCAUCUUGGUCUUCCUGGCGUUCAUGAUUGGCAUGUUUAACCUGUACUCCUACUACCUGGGGGCCAAGCAGAACGACGCCUUUACCACCCUAGAGGAAAGCUUCAAGACGUUGUUCUGGGCUAUAUUUGGCCUCUCCGAGGUCAGAUCAGUCGUGAUCAACAAUGGACACAAAUUCAUCGAGAACAUUGGCUACGUCCUAUACGGUGUCUACAAUGUUACCAUGGUGAUAGUGCUGCUCAACAUGCUUAUUGCCAUGAUUAACAGCUCCUUCCAGGAGAUUGAGAAUGAUGCUGAUGUUGAAUGGAAGUUUGCUCGAGCUAAAUUAUGGUUCUCCUACUUUGAAGAGGGUCGUACGCUCCCUGUGCCCUUUAACCUAGUGCCCAGUCCCAAAUCCAUGCUGGGAUUGGCCACAUGUGCCAGGUCUUUGCUUCUACACUUCAUACAUGGCAGACACUGUGAGGAGAAAUCUGAGACGCAGCUUAACCAGCUUGGAGUGAGCAAAAUUUCAGGAUAUGGUUCUUCCAACAGUUCCACCAGGUACCAGAAGAUCAUGAAACGCCUCAUCAAACGGUACAUCAUCAAAGCACAGGCUGACAGAGAGAGUGACGAGAUCACUGAAGGUGAACUCAAAGAGAUUAAACAGGACAUCUCGAGUCUGCGAUAUGAGCUGCUAGAGGAGAAAUCCCAAAACAAAGAGACUCUAGACGGAUUGCUGAGGAGGCUAGGAGAGAUUAGUACAACGUCAUAAUAAGAGACAGAGAGAGAGAUAGAAAGAGAGAUUCCAGAGAUAGAGAUACAGAGAUUUUUUAUUGUUAUUCUGACAGAGAUUCCAAACAUCAAUUUUAUCCUAUAAAUAAAACACAUUUAAAUAGUACAAAUAUAGACAUUGUACAUAUUUGUCAAAGUAUUUGUCAAUCUUUUAUUGUUUUCAAUCACAUGUAGGCCAAUGGGUUGUGUAUAUUCUGCUGUUCAAGAUCAAUGUAUGGUUAUAUAUAAGUUUAUAUAUAAGUAUAAUGUGAUACAAUAGUAGUGUAAUUAGAUAAACUGAAUGGAAUUAACUACAGAUUGUUUUUCUUUUUCUUUAAUAAUCAUAAUCAUAAAUCAUUAUGAUAUGAUUAUAAUAAAAAAUAGUAUAUUACUGUCUAAUUGUUGACGUACAACUAAUUUUUUUUUCUAUAUUUGAACCACUAGAAAGGAAGGAAGAUAGCAGUGUAUUUUGAGGCAAAAAAAGGAUUGUAAACUAGUUCACUGUGUUAUUUUAUUUUUUUCAGCUUGUUGUAUUGUGGAGUUCAUAUUUUUCUAUCCAUCCAUUUUCAUCCGCUUAUCCGUUACCGGGUCACGGGGGCAGCAGUCUCCACGACUGCCACCCAAAUCACACUGCACCGUACCAACCCCCCUGAACCUGCCUGCAGGUGGUGAGUCCACUGGAAGCAUAUUUUUCUAUGUUCAUCUUAUUUAAUAUUCUUUGAUCUGUAAUUCACAUGUUAAUACAUCAUUAAACAAAUCUCUAGUUUCUUCAGUUUUCAGUGCAUAUGCAAAAAAAAA